UCGUCCUGAUGGCCAUCGUGGACAGUGACUGCCAGUACGUCCUCAUCGAUGUUGGUGCUGAAGGGCGACAGAGUGAUGGAGGGGUCCUCAAGAACUCCAAGUUUGGAAAAAAGCUGCUUCAAGGAACCCUUGAUCUUCCUCCUGCGGGAUUCCUGCCUGGAACGAGGACUGUGGCACCCUAUGCCUUCGUGGGUUACGAAGCAUUUCAGUUAAGGAAGGAUUUUAUGAGACCCUUCCCUGCUAAGCAGCUCACCGACGAAAACAGGGUCUUUAAUUACAGACUCAGUAGGGCAUGGAGGUGCGCUGAGAAUGCCUUCGGCAUAACAGCAGCCCGGUGGCGAGUGCUCCUGCGCACGAUAAACCUGAAGCCGAAAAACGUUGACUACGUCAUCAAGGCGGCCUGCAUCCUUCAUAAUUUCAUUAUGAAAUGAACUGCAAAGGU